UCUGAUUCAUUCAUCCAUAUUCAUUUUGUCUAUAAAAGUGCAAAUAGUGUAUCAGGUCAAUAGCAUUUGGCAGCCAUAGUUGAGCUCAAUCUUUGGGAUGCUUUUCUGUCUUUACACACUGCUACUUUUCCAUUUCCUUCAUGCAAAGGCGGAAAAGACUCUUUGCAGAAUGAUGGGAGAUCCGAAGUACCUGCUGCUGUCCAAGGAUGGAGACGUAACUAUUGGAGGAAUUUUUGCAGUCCACAGCAAAAAAACAAUACCUUCUUUUGAGUUUACACAUAAACCUCAGCUUCUAUCAUGCUCCAGUGUGACUCUGAGAGAUUUUCGGAUGGCACAGAUUAUGAUCUUCGCCAUUGACGAGAUUAACAGAAGUGAAAGUUUUCUUCCAAAUGUUUCUAUUGGCUACAAAAUUUAUGAUACCUGUGGUUCAAGACUGUCUUCAAUGAGUGCAACUAUGUCAAUGAUGAAUGAUCAGGACACUGCAACAGGGGACAGAUGUAAUGGACAGUCUCCUAUACAUGCUAUCAUAGGGGAAACAGAGUCUUCUGCUACAGUGAUUCUGUCCAGAACUACAGGACCUUUUAAAAUUCCAGUGACAAGUCACUCAGCCUCAUGUGAUUGUCUCAGUAAUAGGAAAGAUUACCCCUCUUUCUUCAGGACUGUUGCUAGUGAUUACCACCAGGGCAGAGCGCUUGCAUAUAUAGUCAAGCAUUUAGGCUGGUCUUGGGUGGGAACUGUGCACAGUGACAAUGACUAUGGAAACAAUGGAAUGGCCAUAUUUCUGAAAACAGCCAAGAAAGAGGGCAUUUGUGUAGAGUACUCUGCAAAAUUUUACAGAACAGAGCCUGAAAAACUCCUAAAAGUGAUUGACAUAAUGAAAAAAAGCACAGCAAAAGUGAUUGUUGCAUUUGUUUCACUUCUUGAGAUGAGCUUACUAAUUGAGCAGCUCAGUUUACAAAACAUUACAGGCUUCCAAGUGAUUGCAGUGGAGGGCUGGGUCGCUUCAAAGAGUUUGAUCACUCCAAAAAGCUUACGUGUGCUUGGGGGGGCACUGGGGCUUGCAGUAAGAAAAAUCAAUAUUGAAGGGUUUUCAGAUUAUGUUGUAAACACAUUUUGGGAUACAGAUUUUCCAUGCACAGAGGGAAAUGGGAAUUCUUCUCAAUAUGCAUCAAGCUGCAAAAGAUAUCAGGAUCUGCUCGUGCUUAAAAAUUACAAUAAAGAUGUGCCUGAACAAAGGUAUGCAAGCAAUGUCUACAAAGCUGUGUAUGCUAUAGCUUUUGCUCUACACAGUCUACUCAAGUGCAAUGAACAAGACGGUUGUGAAAAAGACCUGAAAAUACAACCACAGCAGGUUGUUGCGUCUUUGAAAAAAGUCAAUUUCACAGUAAAGUUUGGAGAUUAUGUGUGGUUUGACAGCACUGGUGCUGCAGUAGCCCAGUAUGAAGUCGUGAACUGGCAGCAGGACUCGAAAGGAUCAUUCCAGUUAAAACCAGUGGGUUCCUAUGAUGCCUCAAAGCCGCCUCACCAGCGCUUUGUGCUGAACACUGAAAACAUAAUUUGGGCUGGAGGACAGCUGGAGAAGCCAAGGUCUGUUUGCAGUGAUAGUUGUCCACCAGGCACGAGAAAAGCUGCCCAGAAAGGAAGACCUUUCUGCUGUUAUGACUGUAUUCCAUGUGCAGAAGGAGAGAUCAGUAAUGAGACAGAUUCAAAUAACUGCAAGCUGUGUCCAGAGGAAUACUGGUCUAAUGCUGAGAAAAAUGAAUGUGUGUUAAAGGCUGUAGAGUUUCUUUCAUUCACAGAAGUUAUGGGUAUAGUGCUAGUUUUUUUCUCAUUGUUUGGAGUGGGAUUAACUGUGCUGGUGGCCUUCCUGUUUUACAGCAAGAAGGACACCCCCAUAGUAAAAGCCAACAACUCAGAACUGAGCUUCUUGCUGCUCUUCUCACUGACUAUGUGUUUUCUCUGUUCGCUUACUUUCAUUGGUCGGCCCACUGAGUGGUCCUGUAUGUUGCGUCACACAGCAUUUGGGAUCACAUUUAUCCUCUGUAUCUCCUGUGUUCUGGGAAAAACUGUAGUGGUGUUAAUGGCCUUCAAGGCUACACUUCCAGGAAACAAUGUCAUGAAAUGGUUUGGGCCUGCACAACAGAGACUCAGUGUUCUUGCCUUUACACUUAUACAGGUUCUUAUCUGUGUGCUUUGGCUAACAAUGUAUCCUCCUUUUCCCUAUGAAAAUAUGAAAUACUAUAAGGAAAAGAUCAUUCUUGAGUGCAGUCUGGGUACCUCUAUAGGUUUCUGGGCUGUGCUGGGUUAUAUUGGCCUUCUGGCUCUGCUGUGCUUCAUUCUGGCUUUUCUAGCUCGCACUCUGCCUGAUAACUUCAAUGAAGCCAAAUUCAUCACAUUCAGUAUGCUCAUAUUCUGUGCUGUUUGGAUCACAUUUAUUCCAGCUUAUGUCAGUUCCCCUGGAAAAUUUACUGUAUCUGUGGAGAUAUUUGCCAUUUUAGCCUCAAGCUUUGGUUUACUAUUCUGUAUAUUUGCCCCUAAAUGUUAUAUCAUCCUGUUUAAUCCUGAACAAAAUACAAAGCAACAUCUUAUGGGAAAGACAUCAUCUAAAUCCUAUUGA